AUGGGAGAAAUCCACAACCGCCAUGAUCAGAUCGAACAGCCAGUGGUCGCUACCGAAGAACAGCAACACAAAGAACCAGUUAGGACUUUCAAUAUUCCAAGAGGUUCAUUCGCUGCAUUUAGGCUCAGCUAUGCGACCGCCGAGGAAAUUAGUGAAGCUGCAGAGACUGUCUUGAUAGGAGGAAUUCCUGAAGCAUGGAUAAUAAUUCCUAGCCUUCCACGCUUUCUCGGCCAUACUGUUAUUAAAAAGCGGAGGCUUCAUAGGUUUUUUAGGAAGUCGCUGGCAUCGCGGCGAGGAUUAUCUUCACCUUCUGGACUUACACAGCCUUCAAGAGCCAAUUCUACGAAAAAAUGCAGUGUAUUCAAGACAAUGUACCAAAACAUACUCCACCCUGAAGUAUUGCAGAGAUCCAUUGGCAAUCAGGUCAGACAAGAUAAUGAUUUGCUACGAAGAGAGCUACAUCGCCAAUGCGAGGAUGAUGAUGACAAUGCUGAUACAAAUUCAAAUUCCAGAUAUUCAGAUUCUUGCGAAAUGGCAUUAGAUUCAUCCAAUCAUGUCCUCGACUCCAGAUCUGUGGAUCAUUCUCUCUGUUCAAGCUGGCCAGAUGAGGUUUUGGGUGGGAGUUUGGGUGAUUCCAGUUUCUUCGUCAAUUCAACGGUCAUUUCUUCUUUAGAUUUGUAUGUUCCCCAGUUCUCUCCUGGGACUUCGGCCUCUCAUAAUGGGACACACUCUGCUAUCGUGGCUGAUCCACGGCACGAAUCGCGGUUUCAAAGAAAAUUUCAUUCCUCCGAACAAAAAGGUCCAAAUGUUAUGAAUUCCAGCGUAUUCCGAAGUCAUAGAGCGAGGAGCCCGCAGUUCUUAUCAUUCGUUGACCCGGCGCCUGAAUCAGAAGAGGUUCAGAAUCAUCUUCGGGAAGAGCUCAUUACGACAAAUAAGGAAUCUCACCGGAUGGGAAAUACAUUUAGAAGUCUCGCAAGACGCACCAGCUCAGAAGCCCUCGGAAGGCGUCUCAAAGUCCGCCUCCUUGAUCGAAUCAAGCUUUUCCCUGUUGAUGAGAUUGUUCGAAUCGACAGGAUGCUCGUGCUUGUAAAAUUCGUGCCAAAAGUUUUCAAUAUCAUGAGUGAUGAUGACAUCAAUGAUAUCACAAGUGAACUUGAGGCGAAAUGGCUUGAAUACUUUGUCAUUUUGAGGAGAACUCAUGACGAUGAAAACCUAUUAGAGGGUCAGCUUUACAAAGUUGAGAAGAGUUGCGAUUUCACGAAACGUCCAAGUUUUUCUUUUCUCAUACGUGAAGAGCUUCGUGUUGAGUUUUAUUCAACUCUUGACAAAAGCAUCACCGUCAUCGACCCCUGUGAAACAGGAACUCGCAUCUUUAUUUUAAAUGCACGCUACUACAGUCAAUCUAUCAAAUGGUUGUAUUUGAUUAAGGGUUGCUUGAACGAAUCAUUCUACUCGCUGGUGGCAGUGCAUGUUGGUGAACUCGGAUCUACAAUCAACAUUGAUAUCCCCGAGAGAUUGAUACAAGAAGCCAUUUCUUCAGUGGAUAACUUUUUAAUAAGAGAGUGCCAUACAGGCUACCUCAAGUUUGAAGAUAUCCUUUUGCAGUACGUCCUCAAGCAAAUUCAGCGGCAUUGGCGACGGCUAAAUGUGAAAUUUGGGAACGACAAGCAUGCUUUGCCCGUUGAAAUGUGGUUAGCAUGCAAAUUCAACGAAAGAGUGGAAUGGAUUCCGAACAAUAGCUUAGCACUACUUAUUCGUGCUCAGCUUUUUGCCAAGGGUUCCCCUCUUGAACUAUUAAAGAAUCCAAAACCAUUUUCACGAAAGCAGCCUAGCUCCGUUGAAGGAUUUCUUGGAGUGUAUCUACAAAACCGAGAAUCUAAACUUGUAAAGCAUAUGCCCAGUUACAUUUUGAAGUAUUUUACUACUUCAAAGAACUUUCUUUUUAUGAUUGAUUGUGAAAAAGUCAUUCCACCAUCAUGUGAGAAUCAGUUUCUCACGAAUGAAUCCGAUAAACGCGAAGUUUCAAACACCAUUCCGGAGAUUUUUUCAUUUAACACAUUUCAGAUAGACUCCAGCGGACACAUCCCGUGGUUGGAUGGGGCAGACUUCGAACAAGAGGAUCGUAUGGCCCUAGAUGAAUUUUCGAGAAAAGUUCAUCAUGUGCCAGCUGCCCAGUAUACUUUUGAUCUAUUACAUGUCAAGAAGAUGAAGCUUUUGAGCUACAAAGAGAUACCCGAGAAAAUACAUACUGCUCAUUCUGCUGCAUGGGCAUCUGUGUCAAAAAAAGAUAGAAAUGCAGAAGCGUAUGAUAGUCCUUUUGAGAUUGAGUUUCUCAAUGGUUCAAGAUUAAUUUUAAUUGCACCUUCUUCAACUACACGGCUAGAAUGGAUGAGUAGGCUUCUCGACUUGAGAGCCUUUUGGAAAAUGAGAAACAGAGAUGAACUUGCCUCGAAGAUACAAGCUAGGGAAGAAAACAAUUUGAGAGCUCACAAAGAUGAUAGAACAGAACUACGGAAUUUGUUUGAGACGUUCGGAGCAAAUGAAGAAAAGAACAACAAAGCAUUACUUUCCAGUCUUCAAACUUCGGUGCUUGCAAUGUCAAGUACAAUCCUUCACUCAGGCGAAUUAUUUUACAAGCACAAAAAGAGUGCCCAUUUUGUCAAAAACUUUGUUAUUCUUUGUCCAGGCUAUCUUGUUAUGUUCACUGCCACGAAAUUUCGUAGGAGCUCCCAUUUACCAUGUUAUCGCCGGACAGCGACAUUGCCACUUUCAGAUUGUUAUAUCCAUACAGAGAAACUGACACAGUACAGCGUGAGUGAAUUCUCAGUGUCAAAGAGCCCCGGCUAUGACCUGUUGCCACGAGUAUUCUCAGACGGCUGGAAAUCUACUGAAGAAAGUGGUAAACUAAGGUUUACUAUAUGGUAUGGGUGCAAGGCGAGACUGGGUUUGAAUUUGAAAAGACUACAAAGAAAAGCUCUGGGCUUGAAAAAUGUAAUGGAUAUAUCGGGGGUAAAAAAGAAAGUGUUUCUUUUCCAAGCAAGGUCGGUGCUAGAUCAGGAGAUAUGGGUGAACAGCAUCCUGGAGGAAAUUAAUAGAUUUGCGUAUGAAUAA